AUGAGAGAGGGAACGAUCGGGGAACGCACGGAGUUACUCGACGUGACCGACGGCUAUGUCGCAACUGCACGAAUUAACCUGGAAAACGAAGAGGUUAAGGCGUACGCGGAGAACCGCGUGGUCGCGGCCGACGAGACUUUCGAAGAUGAAGACGACGAUGAGUCCGAAAGCGUGGAAUACGCGACGGCUGGCUUUAAGGAAGAUAGGCAAGAGUAUAAGUAUUCUUGUCUGAGAUGCUUGAAAAGUUACAAGAGAAAGGGUCACCUGGUAGAACAUCAGAAAAUAUUCUGCGGCAAGGAUAAGCAGCAGUGUUGUCCGUAUUGCGUUUUUCGCACGUACAAGAAAUCGAAUUUGAAGAAGCACAUCGGAUAUUGUGUUUCAGGUGAACUGAUCCUUUGGGAGGACUAUCAGGUAUUCGAGCCUACGACGGUAACCGAGAGGGACGAGUUUCGUUCGGAAAGAUGCUCUUACGAGGCUAAUUAUUUCGGGUCCGAUCGCAAGUCUGUCCGAGUGUUCAGGAACAAAAGCACGGAUCCCCUCGCAGACAGAUACAAGUGUUCGAAAUGUUCGAAAUCUUAUCGUUGGAAGCAUCAUUUGGUGGAACACGUAAAGGCGUCUUGCGGUCAGAAGAAAGCCGAAUGCUGCCCUUACUGUAGUUACAGAAGCAAUCGAAAGUGGAACCUCAAGUCUCACAUGAAGAGGAUUCACGCGGACGUUUAGAUCUUCGAUCCGUAUCGUUCGUGGCUGUUUCACGUUUUCUCGCUCCUUCGUCGUCCGACUUGCGAUAAAACGUUUACGUUUCGAUUUGCGACCGAGCUCGAAGCUCGUCGACCAUUCCCUCCUCUCCUCCAUGCUCUCCUUCGUCUUAAACGUUUCGUUUCCAGCCUUCUUUUCACCCUCUGCCGCCGGCUACACCUGUCACACGCCUACGCGCGAUCCGAAUCUAUCAAAGGUACGUUCCAGUCUACGCGAUUUUUUCCCUCCUCAUCCUCUGUCACCGAUGCGGCCCUCUCGCUUUCUCUCCCGAUAUCCUCUCGUUCCACGCCCUUUUAUUUUCCCCCCUCUCCUU